AGUAUUGACGUCGUUUCGACUACUUAUCGCUGAGCCAUCCAAAAUGUUCGAAUCCUAGAGCACUUUCGCGGUUGUUGCGAGUGAUCUUUGCAGUUCGGGAGACGUCGUCGACGGGCGCCAUGGAGUCCAUUAAGGGGCAUCCUGAGUAUGUCGAGACCGUUUUCGGAGAGGCUAUCGUCGCGCGUGACGAGUCGCUGGUUGUUCUUGCGGGUGCAUCCGGACUGGGACCGCCCGACCUGUGCUGGCUCCAAAAGGCACCAAAGAGCGCACUUACUGGAGCCACUGGCGAGGCUAAGGGCUACUACCACUAUGUGCUGGGCGGGAAUGCAUCAUCGUCCGCGGCUGUCGCUGCGUAUUUCGCUACGCUGACAGCCAUGGUGGAGCCGCCGACGUUCCUUCAGGGCCUGUUCUCCACCAGCGAGACGCGCAUCGAGCGCGGCUUCUACUGCUGCUACGACCCUCUGUCUCGGCUGGACGUGCGCUGCGAGCUGUGCAUCCCGGGCGGCGUGGUGUGCGGCGCGCUGGACUGCGAGGGCAACGUGCACGACGUCACGCCGGACCUGUGGCGAAACUGCGUGGUGGCUGCCUUCCUGCGCUCGGAGCUGUACGACGCGGAGCUGGUGUCGUACAGCAGGGCGCCCGUGGCCCGCCACCCCCCGCUGCCCACCCCCUCUGACGAGUCGCGGCUGCUGAGUGCGGUGGCGGGGCUGUACGAGGACGGCGUGCUGCCGCAGGGGCUGGAGGCGCUCACCGUGGACCAGGCUGGCGGCGUGGCGCCCGAGCACUCUGACGUGGUGCUGCACUGCCUGCUGCACUACCUGGCGCGCCGGCAGCGCUGGGGCACGGCGCUGGAGUUCUUCGCACGGCUGUGCUCCUCCUACCCGCCCGCGGCGCUGUACGUGGCGGCGGUGCAGCGCGAGUGCGGGCUGUACGAUGACGCCCUGGCCACGCUGUCCCGGGCGGUGGAGGAGGCGCCGGCUGAGCCGCUGCUGCUGGCGGCGCUGGCCACCGAGUGCUUGUACUCGGACCAGCUGGAGGCCUCGCUGCGUUUCGCCACCCGCGCGGUGCGGCUGCGGCCGCCGCUGCGCCCCGCCUGGCUGGCUCUGGCGCGUGCGCACGUGCGGCUGGGGUCGGGCGGCGCGGCGCUGGUGGUGCUCAACCUGGUGCCGCCGCCGCCGCUGCCGGGCCGGGAGGAGGCCAUGCUGCAUGUGGUGGUUGCGCCCGAGCCCAAGUCCACCACGCGGCCCGGCCUGCCCGCCUACGACCUGGACGUGGCGGCGGCGCGGCAGGUGCUGGCGGAGGAGGCCAUCGUGCACCCGGGCAUUGAGUCGGGCGCCGCCGCCGCGGCCGGCGGCGCCGCCGGCUCCUCCGCCGCCGCCGGCUCCACCUCUGCCGCCGCCGCCGCCGCCAACACGCUGCCGGGUGCGCUGAUGGUGCCGCGCGAGCCGCCCGACGCCGCCGUCUGUCCGGACACGUCGCCGCUGCGCAUCACCAAGGCCGUGUUGGCGGCUGUGUACACAGUGCUGCAGGAGCUGGUGGCUGUGUCGGGCUGGGAUGGCUUCCUGCAGCUGCGCGGCGGCGUGUUCGUGAUGCAUGCCGACAGUGACGUGCUCAGGGAGCAGCAGAGGGAGGCGGAGGAGCGGGAGGAGAAGCUGCGCCUGCUGCACCGCCAGCUGUCAGCCACACUGCCGAUGUCGCCGGGCAGGGGGCUGGCGGCGGCGCCGCCGCCGCCAGCGCCGUACGGAGCCAUGUCGCGCCGCCCGCCGCCCGAAGGUGUGGACUUUGAGUCGCAGCUGGACGAGGCGGUGGCCAUGGGCCUGUCCGACUUCCCCGAGCACCUGGAGGAGGCCGGCUACGACGAUCCGCGUAUCGCCGCCGCGCGAGAGGCACAGCGCCGCCACCUGCGAGCCAUAGCGGAGCGGCAGGCGGCGCUGGAGGCGGCGGAGGGGGGCGCCUAUGCCGACGACGAGGGCGGCAGCAGCAGCGGGGCCGGGGGCAGCGACGGCGGGGGCGCGGGAGGCAGGGGCCGGCGGCGGAGGGCCAGUCGGAAGGCGGCGGGUGCGGGUGCGGGUGCGGGGGCGGGGGCAGGGGUGGCGGCGCAGUUCCGAGGGUUGGGAGGGCCCGGAAGGGAGGAGGUGGAGGAGGAGGAGUUUGAGGGGUUGGAUCCGGAGGAGGCGGCGGCGCGGCGGCGGCACCUGCGGCAGCAGCAGGAGGCGUUUGAGGCGGACCUGGAGGAGGAGGAGGCGGAGGCGGGCGGUGACGGCAUUGUUGAUGCCAGCGCCUUUGCAGCGGCAGAGGAGCAGCAGCAGCAGCAGUACCAGCAGGCGCAGGCGCACGCACAGGCGCAGUAUGCGCAGCAGCAGCCGCAGCCGCAGCAGCAGCAGCCGGAGGUGCGGCGGGCACCGGAGAUGACGGCGCCGGCCGCCGCCACCACAGCCCCGUCGCAGCCGGGCGGCGGCGGCGGCGGCACUAGCAGUUGGUGGGGCACGUUCUUUGGCGGCGGCGGUGGCGGCGGUGCGCCGCAGUGGCGCGAGCCGGGGCCGCUGGGCGAGGCGCGGGAGGCGGGAGGAGGAGGCGGCAGCGGCGGCGGCGCGCGCCGUUGUGGUGUUGUUGACACCGGCGCGAUGUUGCAGCUGCACCAGCAGCACCAGCAGCAACGGGACACGGCGCACUUGAAGGGGAGCUUGCUGGCAGCACGGGCGGCAGGGCAAGCAGGGGCGGCGCCAGGCGGCGGGGGCAUAGGGGCGGACGGGGAGUGGUGGUCGCCUGCGCGCGCCACAGCCGCCGCCGCCGCCAGCAGCAGUGGGCGGCAGACCGGGGCAGGCGCGGGCCUGGGUGCGGGCGCGGGCGCGGGCGCGGGUUGGUGGGGCCAGGGCGUCGCCUGCACCGCACUCGCGCCGCUGGAGCGGAGAGCUGGUGCGGCCGGUGUGGCCGCAGGCGGCAGCGGCUGUGGCAGCGGCUGUAGCAGCGCCUGCGCUGGUGUCGCCAGCACCAGCCACGGCCACAGCAACAAUGGUGCCAGUAGCAGUAGCAGCAAUACCGGCAGUAGCAGCACGGGCGCGGGUGCGGGCCUGGCGGCGGCGGUGCUGGGACGGCUGCUCGGCAAACUGCGGGAGGCGCGGCAGCGGCGCGGCGCGGCGUCGGCUCGGCGGCGGCUGCAGCAGCUGCGGCUGGCGACGGCGGCGGAGCUGCUGGCCACGUGCCCCGAGCUGGCGCCCUACCGCCCGCUGGCGCCGCUGCUGGCAGCGGCUGCGGCUGCUACUGCUACUGCCGCGGCGGCGGGUGCUUGUGGGGGUGCGGGUGGUGUCGCUGGUGGUACCGCGCUUGUGCACAGCGCACGCCGCAUUGCGGCUCCGUACGGCUGCAGUGGCUGCGGCGGCGGAGCGGGCGCCAGUGUCGGCGGCGGGCCCGGCGCAGUGGCGGAGGCCACCACCACCACGGGAGCCGAGCACGGAGCCGCCGCGGGAGCAGCCGCCGCCGCCGCCGCCGCGGGCGCCUCGCCGCCUCCGGCGGGCGGGCACCGGCCGCAGCUCGCCACCGGCGCCACCAUCGGCACCAGCACCGCCAACCCCGGCACCGCCGCCGCCGCCUCCUCCUCACAGCAGCAGCAGCAGCUGCUUCAGGCCGUGUCGCCGGGCGGUGGAGCAGAGGAGGCCCACGGCACUACUCCGAGCGCAGCUGCGGGGGCGGGAGUGGGUGUGGCUGCGGGGCAGCAGGGGCCGCUGGGCAGCGACGGCUUCCCGCUGGUGCUUCAGAACGCCGACGCCGACCGACAGAUGGUGUGUGAGGGCCUGGACGUGACGGAGCUGGGCGCCAAGCGGCUGUGUGUGAGGUGGCUGGACGAGCUCAUCGUGGCACUGUGGCACGACCUGCAGGCCUUCCUGGACUGGAAGGCUCUGGACACGGAGCUGGCGGAGGCGGGCUGUGCAGGCAGCCACGCCGCCAUCGUGGCCGGCAUCGCGCCGCCGCCCUCAGCCGCAGACUACGCCCGCGCCAGGGAGCAGCAGCAGCAGCCCGCAGACGGCUCCGGCGCCCCGCCGCCUGUGCCGCUGCCGCCGCCUCCUCCCGCGCUGCCGUCGCUGCCCUGCACCGAGUGGCUGCGGCGGGCGCUGCUGGCGGAGCGGCUGCACCACGAGGGGGACGCCCUGGCCGCGUACCAGGGGACAAGAGGGGAUGGGAAGGGGACGGGAGGGGAUGGGGAGGGCGAUGCCCUGGCCGCGUACCAGGCCGCGGUGAUGACACCGCCGCCCGCCCCCGGCUCCACCCCGCCACCGGCCACUAGCGGCGCCGCCUCCGCCCCCGCCUCCGCGGUGUUUGCGGCGCUGUCGGGCGGCGGCCCCGGCUGCUUCAGCGCGAUAGCCUGGGAGGCCAUCAUGCGCCUGGCGCCCGCCGCCGAGCCGCGCGACACGGCCUGGGCGCUCCGUGGCGUGGCCGCCCUCAUGGCCUGGCUGGAGGCCCGCGCCCCACCCGCCGGAGCCAUCCCCUUCACAUCGGGAUUCCUAGCGCCAGGCGCCUCCGCGGCAGCAGCAGCCGCAGGCGCCGUGCGGGCUGCGCCCGCUGCCGCCGCCGCUGCCGCGGCGGCGGCGGCAGCCGCCGCCGCCUCCGGCGGCGGCGGCAAGCUGGCGGCGUGCCCACUGGUGGUGGUGCAGUGCUUGUAUCUGGUGGCGGCGGUGCUCGGGGAGGCGGGCGUAGCGGAGCUGCUGGCGGCGGCGCCGGCGGCUGGCGGCAAGCCGCUGGCGGCGGCGGUGUCGGCCGCCGCCGGCGGGCGGCCGGUGCAGGCCGCCGCGGCGGCGGUGCUGCGGAAUGCGGUGGCGGGCGCCGCCGCGGCGCGGGCGGCGGCCGCAGCGGCAGCGGGGGCGUCGACUUCGCCGGGGGCCGCCGCGGCGGCGGAGGGGAUGGAGGGGUUGCCGGGCCCGGCGUCGCCUGGCGGCGGCGGCGGAGGGGGGGUUGAAGCGGAGGAGCAGGCGGCGGAGCAGGCGGCGGGGCACGAAGAACAGCAACAACAGCAGUAGCAGUAGCAGUAGCAGAUGGCGUGUGAAGGUGGCACAGGUAGUGUUGACCCUGGACCGUUAAUGAAUAAUGAUGAUGCGCGUAUUCAGGAUUCUCCUUCUUUCGUGGACCCCUCCGCCGCGCGAUGCCGUAGCGCAGCAGCGCGCUCGAGGGAUGCGCAUUGUAUUGAGUUGACGUGUGAUCCUUGAACCGGCGAUCGGCCGCAUGGGAGGAAGCUGAGUUGCGAGGAGGAGCGGAAGCUGCGCGUGGGCCGCGGCCUGCUUGGCGGUCUGGGCUGGGUCACUGGGUGUGGGUCGUGCAUUCAGGAGUGAUUGCUGUGACCGUGUGACGGCUUCGACAGCUGGAACGUGUGUAACACUGUGUCCCA